GGAACGGUUCAGUACAAAUACAGGCCAACAUCCAGCAUCCACCCAGCAUCCACCCAGCAUCCAUCCAUCAUCCGUUACAGCUGCGUCCCAGAGGCCCGCCUUGGCAGCUAGAGGACAGCUCACCACCAUGACGGCGUCCUCGCGGGACUCCGCCCCCUCGUGUCUGGCCGGCCUCUUCCUGCUCGUCCUGCUCUCGGCUGUUCUGGCGCAGAGAUCUGCCGUCCCGACGACCCCGACCCCGACCCCGGCCCCGGCCCCGUUCGACCCCCUGACGCAGCCCGAGUGCACAAAGAAGGAACAUCCGAAGGUGUCCGUCCAAGCGCUCAGCCCGUGGAUUUCCACCUUCUCCCGGCCCGGCGUGAGAGACUACUCCCAGCUGACCCUUGACCUGACCAGGAAUGAGCUCAUUGUUGGCGCCAGAAACUUCCUGUUCAGACUGGACCUCAGCAACAUGUCGCUCAUCCAGGCGACGGCGUGGGCCCCGGACGAGGAGACCAGGAGGUCCUGCCAGAGCAAAGGCAAGACCGAGGGAGACAAGGUGUAA